ACUACAAAAAAUAAAAAUCUUCAUGGAUGACACGUUUGGGAUCCAAGAUUUUGAUUGAAGGAUAAACAAGAUUUUGAUUUUGUAGGAUAAAUGAAAAGGCUUUUUUGCUUGUACGAAGAGGCUAUUAUCUGUCUGUCUAGUAGGUUCAGCAAACUGACUGAACAACAAUGCAUCACGCUUCUUCGUUUUAUGAAUCUUGACCUUCCCUUCCACUUCGAAACCCUAAUUCCCAAAUUCUCGACGAACGAAUCGCACCACCGCAUCGGAAUCAAUGGAGGGAGUGUUAUCCGCCAUUGAGCAACAGAGCAUGGUCUCUUCCUUCCUCGAGGUCGCUCAGGGUCAGACCGCCGACACCGCCAGACAAUUCCUCCAGGCCACGAGUUGGAAACUUGAGGAAGCUCUUCAGCUGUUCUUGAUUGGUAAUGAAGCUGGGGCAGUGCCGCCGCCUUCGUCACACACUCCGCCUUUAGAAAAUGCUGAUUCCUGGACUGAUCAUCAAACUUCAAGUGAACCAAGGAAGGAUGCUGCAAAUGAAAGUAGUGGCCAUAAUGAUGGAGAAGAUGUACGUCCUCCCUUACCUGUGAUAAGGGAAACUCUUUAUGACGAUGCAAUGCUGUUUGGAGCAUCAAGGUUUGGACAGCGUCCACAGGAACCAAACGCCCUAGUUGCAUUUCGUAACUUUGAAGAGGAAAUGAGACGUCCAGGGGUUUGGGAAUCAGAUCAAGGUGCUGCCUCAACACCUGAGAGUUCUCGUGAUAAUCUUGCUUCACUUUAUCGCCCUCCUUUUCAUCUGAUGUUCAAUGGUUCUUUUGACAAGGCAAAAGGUGCUGCUUCCUUGCAGGACAAAUGGUUAUUGGUGAACAUACAAUCUAACAAGGAAUUCAGCUCACAUAUGCUUAAUCGGGAUACAUGGGCCAAUGAAGCUGUUUCUCAGACCAUCAGUACGAACUUCAUAUUCUGGCAGGUGUAUGAUGAUACAACUGAAGGCAAAAAGGUUUGUACUUAUUACAGACUGGAUUCUAUUCCUGUUGUGCUUAUUAUCGAUCCCAUCACUGGCCAAAAGAUGCGUUCCUGGUCUGGAAUGGUUCAACCUGAAAGCUUGUUGGAAGGUUUACUAGGAUUCCUUGAUGCUGGCCCUAAGGAUCAUCACACUACCUUAUCUCACAAGCGUCCUAGAGGAAGUACUAGCCCACCAAAAGCUAAAGUCAUAGUAGAUGAGAGUAAAGAGGAGGAUGAGGAAGUUCAAAGAGCUCUGGCAGCUUCAUUGGAAGGCAUGACUGGAGGAGAUAAUAUAGAUGUUGAUGUUGCUGUCAAUCAGCAAGAAGCAGCCUUGCCAAAGAGGCCCACGUAUCCAACCUUGCCUGAAGAACCUAAGGUUGAAAGAAAUCUCCUUUGCAGAGUUGGUGUCCGACUUCCAGAUGGACGCCGGGUUCAGCGUAACUUCUUACGCUCUGAUCCUAUUCAGCUGCUGUGGUCAUUCAUUUCUGCUCAGCUAGGGGAAGACGAGACAAAGCUGUUUAGAUUAACACAAGCAAUUCCUGGAGCAUCUAAGAAUCUGGACUAUGAAAGCAAUUCAACCUUCGAGGAAUCAGGCCUUGCUAACUCCAUGAUUUCAGUGACUUGGGACUGAGUUCAGAUUCAUUGGUAGGUUGAAUUUUCAGACCUGAGAAAUUCGGUUUGGUGAUACCUAUUUAUAUGGAUCCCGUUUUUCACCUUUCGGUAUGAGGCUAGUUUAUAUUCAGAGAAAACGGGAAGUUUUAUUUAACUUUUUGUGUGUAUAGACUAUGAAUCUGAAUGAUGGGUAUCAUUAACGAAAAUAUAUCAAGGUUUUUAGUUCUCUCCUAAUGCUUUGUUCGAAGACAAAAAGUUUACUGGACAAAUGUUUGCUGGUACUCUGGUAGUAGUGACUUAACUUUGUCCGUUUGUGUUUUAAUUGAAAAAUUGGCUUCAGCGUGGAAAGCAGUUCUCCAUGCACCCUAA